AUGGAUCGCGGGACUGUACAUACUCUUCACGUCUUCCCUCAGGAAGAGGCUGAGGAGACAAACCUGCAGGUCCAGAAGCAGCUCGAGACCUUCAUCCUCGAGUUCAGACUUGACAACGUCUUUGUCUACCGGGAUCAAUUGCGCGAGAAUGCGCUGCUGCAAAAUUACUACUGUGACAUUAACAUCGGCGACUUGAUCAAGUACAACGAGGAGUUGGCGCAUCGCCUCGUCACAGAGCCUGCCGAGAUUAUACCACUGUUCGAAAAUGCAUUGCGAAAAUGUACCCAAAGAAUCGUGUUUCCUCAUGACAUGAAAGUCAACCUGCCGCCACACCAGCUCCUUCUGCAUUCAGAUGCCGAAAAUGUGUCGAUCCGCAACCUCGACUCCCUCACCAUCUCUCGACUGGUUAGAGUACCUGGAAUCGUCAUUGGCGCUUCAGUCAUGUCCUCGAAAGCAACGGAGCUUCACCUGCAGUGCCGUAACUGUGGUUACGCGCCGAACAUAAGCGUAGACGGUGGUUUCACGGGUGUCACCCUCCCACGGCGCUGUGGAAGGGAGAGGCUGAGGAACGACCCGACAGAACCAUGUCCACUCGAUCCCUACUUCGUCGUGCACGAAAACUCCAAGUUCGUCGACCAGCAGGUCAUCAAGCUGCAGGAGGCACCGGAUCAGGUUCCCGUGGGAGAACUGCCGCGACACGUCCUCAUCUCCGCCGACAGAUACCUGACCAACCGUGUUGUCCCGGGAUCGAGAUGCAUUGUUAUGGGCAUCUUCUCGAUCUACCAGAAUAAAGGAAGCAAGAACUCGUCCACAGGUGGUGCCGUCGCUAUUCGCACACCAUAUUUACGGGCUGUCGGUAUCCAGACGGACAUUGACCAGACUGCCAAGGGUCACAAUAUAUUUUCGGAAGAAGAGGAGGAGCAGUUCCUGGCGCUGAGUAGGAGGCCGGACCUCUAUCAGGUGAUGACCAGGUGCAUAGCCCCGUCUAUCUACGGAAACCAGGACAUCAAGAAGGCCAUCUUGUGCUUGCUGCUUGGCGGUUCCAAGAAGAUUCUACCCGACGGCAUGAAGCUGAGAGGCGACAUCAACGUGCUACUCCUUGGUGACCCGGGUACAGCCAAGUCACAACUGUUGAAAUUCGUUGAGAAGGCCGCUCCCAUAUCCAUCUACACCUCGGGCAAGGGAUCUUCGGCGGCCGGUCUGACAGCAUCCGUGCAACGAGACCAAUCCACCCGAGAGUUCUACCUGGAGGGCGGUGCAAUGGUGCUCGCAGAUGGUGGUGUGGUAUGUAUUGAUGAGUUCGACAAGAUGCGAGACGAGGACCGAGUGGCAAUCCACGAGGCUAUGGAGCAGCAGACGAUUUCCAUAGCCAAGGCCGGCAUCACUACCAUCCUCAAUGCGAGGACAUCUGUCCUGGCAGCUGCCAACCCCAUCUUUGGCCGCUACGAUGACAUGAAGACCCCAGGCGAGAACAUUGACUUCCAGACCACCAUCUUGUCUCGUUUUGAUAUGAUCUUCAUUGUCAGAGAUGAGCACGAGCGCGGCCGUGACGAACGUAUUGCCAAGCACGUCAUGGGCAUUCACAAAGGUGGGGUGGCAGCUGAUGAUACCACUGAAAGCGAGAUUCCUGUCGAGACGAUGAAGCGCUACCUGAGCUACUGCAAAUCACGGUGCGCUCCUCGUCUCAGCGAGGCAGCAGCGGAGAAGCUCUCAUCGCACUUCGUCUCGAUCCGCAAACAAGUGCACGCGACUGAACUGGAGGCCAACGCCCGCUCGUCAAUCCCCAUCACUGUCCGUCAGCUCGAGGCCAUCGUGCGCAUCACCGAGUCCCUGGCCAAGCUGACUCUAUCCCCUGUCGCGACGGAGGCCCAUGUCGACGAGGCGAUCCGGCUGUUCCUGUGCUCGACCAUGGACGCCGUGAACCAGGGCAGCAGCCAGGGCAGCCGCGAGCUCAACGACGAGGUCAACAGGAUUGAGGCAGAGCUGAAGCGGCGGCUGCCCAUCGGGUGGAGCACGAGCCUGGCGACGCUGCGAAGGGAGAUGGUCGAGGGCAAAGGCUUCAGCGAGCAGGCGCUCAACAGGACGCUCAUGAUCAUGCAGAGGCGGGACACGAUUAUGUUCCGAAACCAGGGGGCGCAGGUGUACAGGAAUGGGGCAUGA